AUGGCCCUGCAAGAAGAGACCAAAAAGGUCGUGUCGCAGUUUGAAUUCUCCGACGCAGACAUCAACUCCCAUGUCGCCGAAUUCAUUAAGCAGAUGAACACUGGCCUUGAGCAGGACGGCACCAGCGUUAGCCAGAUUCCGACCUACGUCACUGCCGUCCCCAAUGGCACCGAAAAGGGCCUCUAUCUUGCCGUCGACCUCGGCGGCACAAACUUCCGCGUCGCCAUCCCCAAAGAGCUGAUGGUUGCCAAGACGGCCCAAGAACUCUUUGCUUUCCUUGCCAAGCAGAUUGAGCUCUUCCUUCGCGAGCACCACGCCGAUCACUUCGAAAGCCACACCCGCCGACGCCACACUGCCAGCACUCCCAUGGGCUACCGCGACGAACACAUUUUCCGCUUGGGUUUCACCUUUAGCUUCCCUGUCCAACAGCUUGGGAUCAACAAGGGAAAGCUUAUUCGAUGGACCAAGGGCUUUGACAUUCCUGAUGCCGUUGGCAAGGAUGUUUGCGCUCUGCUUCAAGACGAAAUUGACAGGCUGCGGCUUCCCGUCAAGGUCGCUGCUCUCGUCAACGACACUGUCGGCACGCUCAUGGCCCGCUCCUAUACAUCUGUCGGCAAGCACCAAUCUAUUCUCGGUGCCAUUUUCGGUACCGGCACCAACGGUGCGUACAUUGAAAAGACUGCCAACAUCAAGAAGCCCAUUACCGGUGAAUACGACACUUCCACUGGUGAAAUGGUCGUCAACACUGAAUGGGGCUCGUUUGACAACCAGCUCAACGUUCUUCCCAGCACACCCUGGGACAAGAAGCUUGACCAGGACAGCGUCAACACAGGCUUCCAAAUGUUCGAGAAGCGUGUCUCGGGCAUGUUCCUCGGUGAAAUCGUUCGAUUGGCUGUCGUAGACAUGCUUCAGAAGAAGUCCUGCGGCCUUUUCCAGGACACGAAUUCGAGCUUCAACGACUAUGUGACCACCACCAGCAUUGACCCCAAGUCCUCGCUCUUCACGCAGUGGGGCCUGGACAGUGCCGUCAUGUCGGUUGCCGCCAGCGACAACACACCCGAACUCUCCACCCUGCGACAGGAGCUGGAGAAGACUCUGGGCGUCAACGCUUCCUCCCUCGAGGACGCGCAAGCGUUCAAGGCUAUUGCCAAUGCUGUCGCGCGCCGCGCCGCGCGACUUUCUGCGGUUGCCAUUGGCGCCAUUGCCAUUCAGUCUGGCAAACUUGACGACCCCGAGUGCGAGCUUGUCGACAUUGGUGUUGACGGCAGUCUUGUUGAGCACUACCCUUUCUUCCGUGACAUGAUUUACGAAGCUCUUCGAGUGAUGGACGACAUUGGCCCCAAGGGCGCCGAAAAGAUUCGCAUUGGUAUUGCCAAGGAUGGCAGUGGUGUUGGCGCGGCUCUGAUUGCGCUCGUCGCUGCCAGCCGCGAGCAGCCUGGCGAUUUCCUGGCUGACCUGCGCACCGACAUCAAGCGAGGUCUCGACCGUCUUCCUCAACAAAUCGAAGACUCGCCCCUGUCGCACAAUGCCGUGCUCGCCAUUGGCGCAGCCGCAGCCGUUGGUGUUGCAGCGCUGUGGUACUGGAGGCGUCAUUAG